AAGCCCAGCCUCUGUGGCAUUGUGACCUGCAGGUAUUGGGAGAUCCACAGCUAUGACGCCAGGACCCCCUGGAAGCCUGGAAAUGGAACCAUUAACAUUUAAGGAUGUGGCCAUAGAAUUUUCUCUGGAGGAGUGGCAAUGCCUGGACACGGCACAGCAGGAUUUAUAUAGGAAUGUGAUGUUAGAGAACUACGGAAACCUGGUCUUCCUGGGUAUUGCUGUCUCCAAGCCAGACCUGAUCACCUGUCUGGAGCAAGGAAAAGUGCCCUGGAAUAGGAAGAGACAUGAGAUGGUGGCCAAACCCCCAGUUGUAUGUUCUUAUUUUGCUCAAGACCUUUGGCUAGAGCAGGGCGUAGAAGAUUCUUUUCAAAAAGUGAUAUUGAGAAGACAUGGAAAAUGUGGACAUGAGAAUUUGCAGUUAAAAAUUUGUUGCGCCAAUGUGGAUGAGUCUCAAGUUCACAGAAAAGGUUAUAAUAAUCUUAACCAGAGUUUGACAACUGCACAGAGCAAAGUAUUGCAAUGUGAUAAAUAUGCCAAAGUCUUUCAUAAAUGUUCAAAUUCAAACAGACACAAGAUAAGGCAUACUGGAAAGAAACUUUUGAAAUGUAAAGAAGAUGACAGAUCAUUUUGCAUGCCUUCACACCUAUCUCCACAUAAAAGAAUUUAUACUAGAGAGAAUUUCUUCGAAUGUGAAGAAUGUGGCAAAACCUUUAAUAGGUCCUCAGCGCUUACUUAUCAUAAGAGAAUUCAUACUGGAAAGAAAGCCUACAAACGUGAAAAAUGUGGCAAAGCCUUCAACUGGUCCUCAAGACUUACUGAACAUAAGAGAGUUCAUGCUGGAGAGAAACCCUACAAAUGUGAAGACUGUGGCAAAGCUUUUAAUCGAUUUGGAAUUUUUACUAAACAUAAACUAAUUCAUGCUGGAGAGAAACCCUACAAAUGUAAAGAAUGUGGUAAAGCUUUCUCCUGGGCCUCAAGCCUUAGUGAACAUAAGAGAAAUCACACUGGAGAGUACCCCUACAGAUGUGAAGAAUGUGGCAAAGCCUUUAAAAAGUCCUCGCUUCUUACUAGACAUAAGGUAAUUCAUGCUGAAGAGAGACCCUACAAAUGUGAAGAAUGUGGCAAAACUUUUAAACGGUCUUCAACCCUUACUGAACACAAUAAGAGUGUUCAUGUUGGAGGGAAACCCUACAAGUGUGAAGAAUGUGGCAAAGCUUUUAAUCACCCCUCAAUGCUUACUAAACAUAAGAGGGUUCAUGCUGGAGAGAAACCCUACAAAUGUGAAGAAUGCGGUAAAGUGUUCACCUGGUCCUCAAACCUUAUGGAACAUGUAAGAAUUCAUACUGGAGAGAAACCCUACAAAUGUGAAGAAUGUGGCAACGCUUUCUCCUGGGCCUCAAGCCUUAGUGAACAUAAGAUAAAUCAUACUGGAGAGUACCCCUACAGAUGUAAAGAAUGUGGCAAAGCCUUUAAAAAGUCCUCACAUCUUACUAGACAUAAGGUAAUUCAUACUGAAGAGAGACCCUACAAAUGUGAAGAAUGUGGCAAAGCCUUUAAAAAGUCCUCGUUUCUUACUAGACAUAAGGUAAUUCAUGCUGAAGAGAGACCCUACAAAUGUGAAGAAUGUGGCAAAACUUUUAAACGGUCUUCAACCCUUACUAAUCAUAAGAGUGUUCAUGUUGGAGGGAAACCCUACAAGUGUGAAGAAUGUGGCAAAGCUUUUAAUCACCCCUCAAUGCUUACUAAACAUAAGAGGGUUCAUGCUUGAGAGAAACCCUACAAAUGUGAAGAAUGUGGUAAAGUGUUCACCUGGUCAUCAAACCUUAUGGAACAUGUAAGAAUUCAUACUGGAGAGAAACCCUACAGAUGUGAAGAAUGUGGUGAAUCCUUCACUUGGUUCUCAAGCCUUUCUAAUCAUAAGAUAAUUCAUACUGGAGAGAGACCCUACAAAUGUGAAGAAUGUGGCAAAGCUUUUAAUCGAUUUGGAAUUUUUACUAAACAUAAACUAAUUCAUGCUGGAGAGAAACCCUACAAAUGUAAAGAAUGUGGCAAAGCUUUCUCCUGGGCCUCAAGCCUUAGUGAACAUAAGAGAAAUCACACUGGAGAGUACCCCUACAGAUGUGAAGAAUGUGGCAAAGCCUUUAAAAAGUCCUCGCUUCUUACUAGACAUAAGGUAAUUCAUGCUGAAGAGAGACCCUACAAAUGUGAAGAAUGUGGCAAAACUUUUAACCGGUCUUCAACCCUUACUAGACAUAAUAAGAGUGUUCAUGUUGGAGGGAAACCCUACAAGUGUGAAGAAUGUGGCAAAGCUUUUAAUCACCCCUCAAUGCUUACUAAACAUAAGAGGGUUCAUGCUUGAGAGAAACCCUACAAAUGUGAAGAAUGUGGUAAAGUGUUCACCUGGUCAUCAAACCUUAUGGAACAUGUAAGAAUUCAUACUGGAGAGAAACCCUACAGAUGUGAAGAAUGUGGCGAAUCCUUCACUUGGUUCUCAAGCCUUUCUAAUCAUAAGAUAAUUCAUACUGGAGAGAGACCCUACAAAUGUGAAGAAUGUGGCAAAGCUUUUAAUCGAUUUGGAAUUUUUACUAAACAUAAACUAAUUCAUGCUGGAGAGAAACCCUACAAAUGUGAAGAAUGUGGCAAAGCUUUCUCCUGGGCCUCAAGCCUUAGUGAACAUAAGAUAAAUCAUACUGGAGAGUACCCCUACAGAUGUGAAGAAUGUGGCAAAGCCUUUAAAAAGUCCUCGCUUCUUACUAGACAUAAGGUAAUUCAUGCUGAAGAGAGACCCUACAAAUGCGAAGAAUGUGGCAAAACUUUUAACCGGUCUUCAACCCUUACUUAUCAUAAGAGAAUUCAUACUGGAGAGAAACCCUACAAAUGUGAAGAAUGUGGCAGAGCCUUUAGCUGGUCCUCAAGCCUUUCUAAUCAUAAGAGAAUUCAUACUGGAGAGAAACUAAAAAUGUGAAGAAUGUGGCAAAGCUUUUACUCAAUUCUCAAUUUUUACUAAACAUAAGAUAAUUCAUGCUGGAGAGAAACCCUACAAAUGUGAAAAAUGUGGCAAAGGCUUCACCUGGCCCUCAAGCCUUAGUGAACAUAAGAGAAAUCAUAAACCCUUCCAAAUGUAAAGAAUGUGGCAAAGUCUUUAAAAAGUCCUCACUUCUUACUAGACAUAAGGUAAUUCAUACUGAAGAGGAACCCUCCAAAUGUAAAGAAUGUGGCAAAGCCUUUAACCGGUCAUCAGCCCUUACUCAUCAUAAGAGAAUUGAUAUUGGAGGAAAAACCCUAGAAAUGUGAAGAAGGUGGCAAACCUUUUAACUGUUCCUCAAUUCUUUGCUUUUUUUGUGAGACGGAGUUUCGCUCUUGUUACCCAGGCUGGAGUGCAAUGGCGCGAUCUCGGCUCACUGCAACCUCCGUCUCCUGGGUUCAGGCAAUUCUCCUGCCUCAGCCUCCUGAGUAGCUGGGAUUACAGGCACGUGCCACCAUGCCCAGCUAAUUUUUUGUAUUUUUAGUAGAGAUGGGGUUUCACCAUGUUGACCGGGACGGUCUCGAACUCUUGACCUCAUGAUCCACCCACCUCGGCCUCCCAAAGUGCUGGGAUUACAGACUUGAGCCACCGCGCCUGGCCCCUCAAUUCUUACUAAACAUAAGGUAAUUCAUACUGGAGGGAAUCCCUACAAGUGUGUGCAAUGUGUCAAAGCCUUUAAGUAGUCCUUGAGGUUUACUAUAUAUAAGACAACUCAUACUGGAAAGAAACCCUACACACGUGAAGAAUGUGGGAAAGCCUCUAACAGAUCCUCAAUUCUUUUUUUUUUUUUUUUUUGAGAUGGAGUUUCGCUCUUGUUACCCAGGCUGAAGUGCAAUGACGCAAUCUCGGCUCACCGCAACCUCCGCCUCCUGGGUUCAGGCAAUUCUCCUGCCUCAGCCUCCUGAGUAGCUGGGAUUACAGGCACGCGCCACCAUGCCCAGCUAAUUUUUUGUAUUUUUAGGAGAGACGGGGUUUCACCAUGUUGACCAGGGUGGUCUCAAUCUGUUGACCUCGUGAUCCACCCGCCUCGGCCUCCAAAAGUGCUGGGAUUACAGGCUUGAGCCACCGCGCCCAGCCGAUCCUCAAUUCUUAACAGACUUAAGAUAAUUUAUGCUAGAGAAGCUACAAACCUGAAAGAUGUGACAAUGCUUUUGGCAGCACCUCAAACUUUUCUAAGUAUAAAAGAAAUCAUACUGAUGAGAAAUCCUAGAAAUGUGAAGAAUGUGAUAAAGCUUUCAAAUGGCUGUCACACUUGAUUAGAGAAAACUACUAAUGUGAACAAUGUGGUAAAUAUUUACCCAGUGCUUACACCUUAUUGCACAGGAAAGCAUUUAUAUUUGAGAACAAAUCUUCAAAUAUAAAGAAAGUGUAGGCUGUGCAUGGUGGUGGCUCAUCCCUGAAAUCUGAGCACUUCGGGAGGCUAAAAUGGGCAGAUCACUUAAGGUCAGGAGUUCAAAACCAGCCUGGCCAACAUGGCAAAACCCAUCUUUACUAAAAAUGCAAAUAAAUUAGCCAGGCAUAGUGGUGGCAUGUGUAAUUCCAGCUACUCUGAAGACCGAGGCAGGAGAAUCACUUGAAUCCAGGAGACACAGCUUGCACUUAGCCAAGAUUGCACUACUGCACUCCAGCUUGGACUACAGGGAGAGACUCUGUCUAAAAAAAAAAAGGCAAUGUGAAAGUCAUUAAUAUCUGCUCACAUUCAACAUCAGAGAGUUUAUGCUAAAUAAAAGCAUUAAAAAUGCAAUUACUCUCAGAAGAUCUUUCAGAAAUAUAAGGCCUUAAAGUGCAGAAGAAUGUUUAUUCUCAACAGAAACAUCACAAAUAUAAAGAGGGUUGUAGUCCUUUUACUUCUGUCACAGAAUUUAUUGUUCACACUUGGUACUAAAGGAGACCCCUGAGGCAGUUGUUCCCACUUUGUUUAACAUCAGGGAAUUUAUAUAAUUAGGAAAAAUAUUUUUUCAAAUACUACAGAUUAUAAAACACCAGAGAGUUUAUACUAAAAUAUAUUUUUGUGGAUACAGUAAAUAUUUUAAAAAAUUAAUCCAAUAUUAAGUUCAUGUAAGUAUUAGGGCAGUCACAGUAGAAAUAUCUGUCUCUCAGACAUCAGACAUUACACUAAAUCAAAUUGCUGAGUAUAGUAAAAAAUCCAAAAAUAAAGUUGAUAGAAAAUUUAUUUGUAUUUAACUUUAAAAGAACUAGAUCUUGGUCAGGCUCCGAGGCUCACACCUGUAAUUCCAACACUUUGGGUGGCCAAGGCAUGUGGAUCUCAAGGCCAGAAGUUCAAGACGAACCUGGCCAAGACAGUGAAAAUGUAAUUCUACUAAAAACUACAAAAAUUAGUUGGGUGUGGUAGCAGGUGCCUGUAAUCCCAGCUGUUCAGAAGGCUGAGACAGGAGAAUCGCUUGAACGUGGGAGGUGGAGGUUGCAGUGAGCUGAAAUUUUCCCACUGUACUGCCUGGGUGACAGAGCGAGACUCUGUCUCAAGGGAAAAAAUAAAUAAAUAAAUAUAUAUAUAGUUUGGAAACUGAAAAAUGAUGGAAUUCAACUUUAAAUCACUUCAUGCUGUUUCUUCAUUUCUAUUGUAUUCACAUAUAUAAACGUGAUCAAUUCUUGCUGCACCAAAGAAUUGGGACUCUUUUUAUUAGGUGGUUAUUUAUGACAUCUCUUUUUUUGUUUUGAGACGGAGUUUCGCUCUUGUUACCCAGGCUGGAGUGCAAUGGCACGAUCUCGGCUCACCACAACCUCCACCUCCCGGGUUCAGGCAAUUCUCCUGCCUCAGCCUCCUGAGUAGCUUGGAUUACAGGCACGUGCCACUAUGCCCAGCUAAUUUUUUGUUUUAGUAGAGACGGGGUUUCACCAUGUUGACCAGGAUGGUCUCAAUCUCUUGACCUCGUGAUCAACCCGCCUUGGCCUCCCAAAGGGCUGGGGUUAGAGGCGUGACCCCCUGCGCCCAGCCUAGUAAUUGUACUUUUAUGUGAUAAAACUACGUUUUUUUUUUUUUUUUUUUGAGAUUGAGUUUCGCUCUUGUUUCCCAGGCUGGUGUGCAAUGGCACGAUCUCAGCUCUCCGCAACCUCCACCUCCUGGAUUCAAGUGAUUCUCCUGCCUCAGGUUCCCCAGUAGCUGGGACUACAGGCACUUGCCAUUAUGCCCAGCUAAUUUUUUUGUAUUUUUAGUAGAGACGGGGUUUCACCGUGUUGACCAGGAUGGUCUCGAUCUCUUGACCUCGUGGUCCACCUGCCUCGGCCUCCCAAAGUGCUGGGAUUAUAGGUGUGAGCCACUAUGCCCGGCGAUAAAACUACAUUUUACCGUCUCUAGUUUUCUUUGCCAGUGGCAAAUAAGUUAAAUAUGGUUCCUGUAGGUUAAUUUUUUUCUUUUACAUUUAAAUUCAUUUUUCUUAGUUUUCCUGUGUACCUAAUAUGUGUAUAUAUUUGUUAUAUAUGGUAUAUUUUGAUACAGUCAUACAAUUUAUAGUAAUCACAUUAGGGUAAAGUACUUAAAACCUUUGGCUUUUAUGGUUUUCAUUACAGACAAUUCACUUCUGCAGUCUUAGUUACUCUGAAAUGUGCACUGAAAUUCUUACUGACUACAGCAUCAUUUUUAUGGUCAUUAUAAAACUUAUACAAGCAUAAAUGAAAUCAGUAUACACUCAAACCAAUAGUGUGCAAGCAAUUUUUUAAAUUCACAUUUCUACCAACACUUGUUUCUUCUUAAUUAGUGUCAUUCUAACAAGUGAUAUUGCCUAGUUUUUUUUUUUGGUUUUUUUCUUUUUUUUUUUUGGCUUGCCUUUCCCUGAUAAUAGACAGUGAUUAUUUUUUGAAUGAUCCAUUGGCCACAUGUAUGUCUUUUUUUGAAAAAUAUGUAAGCCUUUUUCUCAUUUUUAAUAGUUUUUUAUUUUUUAAUUUAAAGAUGGGGUUGGGCCAGGCGCAGUGGCUCAGGCCUGUAAAUCUCAGCACUUUGGGAGGCCGAGGCGGGUGGAUCACGAGGUCAAGAGAUCGAGACCAUCCUGGUCAACAUAGUGAAACCCUGUCUCUACUAAAAAUACAAGAAAUCAACUGGGCAUAGUGGUGCACGCCUGUAAUCCUGGCUACUCGGGAGGCUGAGGCAGGAGAAUUGCCUGAACCUAGAAUGCAGAGGUUGCGAUGAGCCGAGAUCGCGCCAUUGCACUCCAGCCUGGGUAGCAAGUGAAACUCCGACUCAAAAAUAAAAUGAAGAUGGGGUUUCACCAUGUUGGUCAGGCUGGUCUUGAACUCCCAACCUCAGGGGAUCCGCCAACCUUGGCCUCCAAAGUGGUUGGAGUACAGGCGUGAGCCACCGUCAAAUGAGUUUGUUGUAUAGCUUUGCUUUUUUUUUUUUUUUUUUAAGGCGGAGUCUCGCUCUUGCCAAGCUGGAUAAUCUCAGCUCAUUGCAACCUCUGCCUCCUGGGUUCAAGCGAUUCUCUUGCCUCAGCUUCUCAAGUAGCUGAGACUAAAGGUGUGCACCACCACACUCAGCUAAUUUUUGUAUUUUUUUUUUUUUUAAGACGGGGUUUCACCAUAUUGGUGAGGCUGGUCUUGAACUCCCGACCUCAGGUGAUCCGCCCGCCUUGGCCUCCAAAGUGCUUGGAUUACAGGCGUGAGCCACUACACCCAGCCUAAUUUUUGUGUAUAUAUAUAUAUAUAUAUAUAUAUAUAUAUAUAUAUAUAUUUUUUUUUUUUUUUUUUUUUUUUUUUUGGAGACGGAGUUUCUAGUAGAGAUGGGGUUUCACCAUUUUGGCCAGGAUGGUCUCGAAUUCUUGACCUUAUGAUUCAUCCACCUCAGCCUCCCAACUGCUGGGAUUACAGGUGUGUGCCAGCAUGCCUGGUCUGUAUAGUUUUGAUAUUAAUCCCUGUCACAUACAAUCCUGUUGAUUGUAUCCUAUUCUCUGCAGGAGCUUUUUAAUUUAAAACAAUCUGAUUUAUCUAUUUUUUCAUUUUGUUCUUUAGGAUUCGAGGUCAAAUUUUAAAAGUCACUGCCCAACCAAUGUUAAAGGGAUUUCAGUAUGUGUUUUUUUUCUAGUAGUUUCAGAGUUUUAGACCUUACGUUUAAGUAUUUAAUUUAUUUUGUGUUGAUUUUUAUAUAUGAUGUGAGUUGAGAGUCUCAUUUUAUUCCUCUGCAUGUGGAUAUAAAAUUUUCUUAACAUCAUUUAUUGAAAAUAUUGCCUUUUUUCUAAAAAAUUGCCACCUUUAUUUAAAAUCGGUUGAUUGUAAAUGUAUAUAUUUCUGGUCUCCUUUUUCUUCUCUAUUGGCCUGUGUGUCUGUUUUUAUUCAAGUACCAUACUGUUUUUUUGUUUUUAUUUUUCUAACUAUAGCUUUGUAGUAUGUUUGAAAGGUAGAGUGAUACCUUCACUUUUUCUAUUGCUUUAUUGCUUGAUUGCUUUGGCUAUUCAGGGUCUUUUGUGAUACCAUAGAAAUUUUAGAUUAUUUUUUAAUUUGUUAAUUAUGUCACUGGUAUUUUGAUAGAGGUUGUAUCAUAUCUGUACACCGUUUUGUAUAAGAUAGACAUUUAACAAUAUUAGUAAUGUUGAUUGAUGAAGGUAGUAUUUUUUCAAUUGUGUAUGAGUUUUUGUUUUUUUUUUUUUUUUUGAGAUGGAGUUUUGCUGUUGUUACCCAGACUGGAGUGCAAUGGCACAAUCUCGGCCCCCUGCAGCCUCUGCCUCCUGGGUUCAAGCAGUUCUCCUGCCUCAACCUCCCGAGUAGCUGGGACUACAGGCGUGCACCACCAUGCUCAGCUAAUUUUUGUAUUUUUAGUAGAGACAGGGUUUCACCUUGUUGACCAGGAUGGUCUCGAUCUCUUGACCUCGUGAUCCACCCGCCUCGGCCUCCCGGAAGUGCUGGGAUUAUAGGCAUGAGCCACCACGCCUGGCCCCGUUUUUUAAAUAUAUAUAUAUAUAUUUUUUGAGAUAGAGUCUCACUCUGUUGCCCAAGCUGAAGUGCAAUGGUGCAAUCUCAGCUCACUGCAACCUCCACCUCCCAGGCUCAAGCAAUUCUGCCUCAGCCUCCCGAGUAGCUAGAAUUACAGGAGCACACCAACACGCCCGGCUAAUUUUUGUAUUUUUAGUAGAGAUGGGGUUUCACCAUGUUGGCCAGGAUGGUUUCUAUCUUUUGACCUCGUGAUCCACCCGCCUCCGCCUCCCAAAGUGCUGGGAUUACAGGCGUGAACCACCGCGCGCAGGCUCGAUUUCAUUUUGAAAUAGUUGUCUGUGGAUAGAAAUGCUACAAACACUUGGAUGUUGCUUUUGUAUCCACCAGUUUGGUGAGUUGGUUUAUUUUUUUCAGUAGUGUUUAGCAAUAUCUUAGGCUUUUGUUUACUUAAGAUUAUGUGUAGGAAUAAAAGGCACGGGAAUAAUUUAACAUUUUUUCUACUCUGGGUGCUUUGAUUUUCGAAUUUCUCUAGGAUAUUUAGUACUGUGUUUAAUAAGACUGAAGAAAGUGGGCAUUUUGGUCUUGUUCUUGCUCUUAUAGUAAAAGCUUACACUACUUUUCUGUUUAGUAUUUUAUUAGCUGUACUUCUUUGGUUAUAUGUGGCAUUUAAUGGCUUGAGGUUUGUUUUUCUAUACCUACUAUUUUCAGAAAUUUAUUAUGAAGGAAUGUUGAAUUUCGUUUAACUUUUAUUCUGUAUUUAUUUAAAUGUUAGAGAUGCAAAAUCACAUCUAAUUCUGCAUAGAUUUUAAAAAAAGAUCCUCAGAGACUUCUAUGAACAUGCCUGCAAAAUAGAAAAUUUAGAGAAAAUAAACUUGUAGAUACACACAACUUUCCUAGAUUGAACCAGAAAAAGAAGUCUUUAACAGAGCAAAAAUGUAUAAUGACGUUACAUAAGUAUUAAUAAACCUACCAACAAUGAAAAGCCCUAGAUCAUGUAAAAUCACAGCCAAAUUUUACCACAUGUACAAAGAUAGUCUGGUCCUAAUCAUACUGAAUGUACUCGAAAAAAUCAAUUUGGGAUUUCACCUUAACUCCUCGUAUGAAUUCAGUGAACUAUACAAAACCAAAAUCUAGAGAAGAAAAAAAGAAAACUGCAAGUCAAUAUUUUGGGUAAACAUUGGAAGAUCAAUCUCAUUAAACACUAGCAAACUGAGUUCCAAAGCAAGUCAGAAAGUUAUUUUACUGCAAUAAACAUUAUUGCAUAAAUACAGGUACAUUUUAUCAUAUGCAAGUAAAUUAGUGUGAUUGACCAUGUAAAGGUAAUUAAGAUAAAAAAAUAUUGAACACAAUAGGGGCAGUUAAAGCAUUCAAUUAAAUCCAAUAUUGACUCAAAAUUGUUCUCAACACACUAGACAUUUUUGAAACAUACCUCAAAAUAAUAAAAGCCAUCUAUGACAAAUCCUUAGCCAACAUGAUACUCCAAAAGCAAGAGCUGGAUGCAUUCUCCAUAUGAAAAAUAAGAAAAAUAUCCAUUCUAAACGGUUCUAUUAAACAUAGUUAUGAAAGUCCUAACCAGAGUAAUGCAACAAAAUAAAUAAAAGGAAUCCAAAUGGAAAACAAAGUAAAAUUACCUGUAUUGAUCAUACAAUUCUCUACCUAGAAUAGUUUAAAGAUUUCACCAGGUCUCCACCCCCUAUCCCCGCUCACCUCCUCACAAAAAAAAGAAAAGAUUUCAUCAAAAGACUUCUAAGCCUAAAAAAAGACUUAAAAAAAGUCUCAGAAUACAAAAUCAACACAAUCAGACUAAAAAAAGACUUAAAAAAUGUCUCAGAAUACAAAAUCAAUAGCAUUUCAGUACACCAAUAAUAUUGAAGCUGAGAACAAAAUUUUUAAAAAUUUAUAUUUACAAUAGCCACAAAAAAAUUCUAGAGAUACAUUAAAUCAAUAAAUUUAAUGUAAGUUUAUUACAUUAAAUUUUAUAAACUUUUUGCUUCUGCACAGUAAGAUAAACUAUCAACAAAGUAAACUGAUGACGUAUAGUAUGAAAUAAAAUAUUUGCAAACUGCAGAAAAUGAAGGAUUAAUAUGCAGAAUGCAUAAAAAUUUUUAUUAAAAAGCAAAUGAUAUGAAUAGGCUUUUCUCAAAGGAAGACAGAGCUGCCAAUAAAUAUGUAAAGUUGCUCAACAUUUCUAAUUAUUAGAAAGAUGUAAAUAAAAGUGACAAUAUGAUACCAUUUCACAUCAGUACGAAUGACUGUCAGUAAAAGUAAAGAAAAAGAGGUUGAAGUUAUGGAGAAAAGGAAAUCUUCCUACACUGUUGGUGGGAAUGCAAAUUAAUUUAGCCCCUGUGCUAAGCAGUUUGGAGAUUUCUCAAAGUACUAAAAAUAGAAUUGCCAGUUGAUAACCCCACUGCAGGGUAUCUACACCCCAAAAUAAGUAAUUUUGCUAAAGAGACACUUGCACUCAUGUUUAUUGCAGCACUAUUCACAAUAGCAAAGACAAUCAAACCAGUUACCCAUGAAUCUUUUUAUGGGAUAAGAAAAAUGAAGUACUCAUAUACCCUCCAAUAUGCAGCAACAGAAGACAAUGAAUUAAUGUCUUUUGCAGCAACACAAAUGCAGCCGAAGGCCAUUAUUUUAAUCCAAUUAAUGCAUCAGAAAAACAAAUGCCACAUGUUCUCUUACAUCUAUGCUAAAAAUUGGAUAGGCAUGGAAACAAAGACAAAAACAACGAACACUGGGAAUUCUAAAAAGAAGGAAGGGAGACACGCAUUGAAAUCUACUUAGGUAUGAUGUACACUACUUGGGCAAUGAAAUUAUUAAGUGCCCAAACCUCAACACCAUGUAGUAUUUCUGUUAUACAGAUCUGCACAUGUACCACUUAAAUGUAAAAUAAAAAUAAUAAAAUGCUUUUUGGUAUAACGACAUGUUCUAUUUCUCCAGUUCUGGGUUAAUAGUUGAAAUUAGGGCUGAAAGACACAUUUUCGCCCCUUAAAGCAUAGGGGUAAAUACCAGGUCUCCCACAUUUUAUAAGCUAACCUCUCUGAAAGCUCUUGGUCUAUAGCCCAAAAAGAGUUUUAUUUUCAAGCGCGGAGCUGAAAUAAACUACAUCUUUACUAUUUAUUUAUUUACUGUACACUAGACUAUUGAUUUAAUUUAUUUAAUCUUUUUGGGGGAAAAGCAGCAAGUGGUUUAAUCACUUUUUUUUAGAAUGUACCACUGUUGAAAAUGUGAGACUGUAAAAAUUAUGCUAAAUUACUGAGUUAAAAAAAUUAAAAACAAAGAUAUCUUAUGGUCAUAUUCUAAAAAUAAUAAAACAGAAAGUGCAUAUUAUUUAGGACCACAGUGCUGCAAAUGCUCAUUCCAUUACAGUCAUUCUUGUGAAGAAUAGAAAUAAUGGGUCCGCAGGUAUUUUAGAUUAUUUGCUAUUGCAGUGUUAAAUUAUUGCCUUUAUUACUUGCCAUAUGAAAGUCUGUACUUGAGGGCCAGGCGCUGUGGCUCACGCUUGUAAUCCCAGCACUCUGGGAGGCCGAGGCGGGCAGAUCACCAGGUCAGGAGAUCAAGACCAUCCUGGCCAACAUGGUGAAACCCCGUCUCUAUUGGGGAAAAACAAAUAAAAAAAGUCUGUACUUGAACAAAAGAUGCCACGAAUUUCAAGUUAAUAUGCUCACACAUGUAUUCUCCACAGAAGGGCACUGGCGUAUUUGCAGUCAGGGUUUCUUGGCUGCCUUGUGCUGCUGUGUCUGUGUGAAAUAAAAAGGCAGCAGGUAAAGAAGAAUCAAUCGUGAAAUUUCCAGUUUCAACAGCCACAGCCUCUGUAAUUGAGUGUUAUGUCACCUAGAAAUAAUGACUAUUUCAAAACUGAGAAAAAGAAAGUGAUACUUUAUAUUUUUAGUUUGUUGUUUAUAAAAAUUCAUAGUUUCUGAUUUAUUAUAUGCUAAACAACCUGAACGUGCAGAUACCUAAAGUUCCCACCUAGAUGAUAGCAUUAAUAUUUUAACAGCUUAUAAUUGAGAGUCAGAAUUGCCCUCUUGGGUUUACUAAAAAGCAGUUAUUUUUAGUAAGAUAUUUAUCUUCUAAGUGUAAAUAGGUUUCCCAUAAUCUUAAACAUACAGAUCUAUUAAGAUUAGUGCUAUGUCUAGAUUUGAAUAAAAUGUAUAGGUUUGUAGUAACAAAUUUUCAUAUUUAUUUUCUAAUAAAAAUCAAAAAGUAAAAGAAAUGUUAAAAUGAAUUUAAAAGAAACUUUACAUUUCUUCAUUAAAUAACAUUUAAAAUGACAUUGUGAGUGAUCAGUAAUUGCAAUCUUUUUUAGUCACUGAGAAAACUUAAGAUUUUUAAAUUAUUCGAUUGGGGAAGUAUUCUCAUAUCAAUGUUUCUGAAAUUCGGAAACUGUAGACCACUCAAUAGAUGAUGUACAUGCAGACCACACAUUUUCCAUAUAAUAAUAGGCUAAUCCUAGCUUUUUAUAUAAAAAUGUAAUGUACUUCUAAAUUAAAAUUAGUGUAUUCUCAAUUAUUUUCUCUGGAAAACGUCUAGAAAUCGUGGCAGCUUUUUGAUUAAAACAUUUUUUGUUAUUUUUUAUGCAAAUUAGUUUACUGUGUUCACAGAGUGGCCAGUCUUGGGACCAUAAGUAACACUUGCUCUUUUAGUGUCUUUCAUACCAUUACCGUCAGCACCAGAAACUCCAGGUGCCCCAAGCUUAAAAUAAAGGACUAAAGUACAUUGCUCGUCCCAUGCACUGUGAUGGGUUUAAAACAUGCUGCCAAGUAUCACAGUUCCUAUGUUAUGACUGGCACAUGACAAAAGCAGCACCAAGACUAUUUUUUAUACUAUUCCGCCAACUUUAUGACAAAGACACAAACAUUAUUUGAAAUAUUGUUACCUUUUUGUAAAUUUUUAAAAAUAUAUUCUCUAAUUUGAAAGAUAAAAUAUAUUUUUUCUGUGAAACAACAUUUUGAAGGAUAUACCCGUGAUCAAAUGCUUAGCUCUAGGUAAUUAAUGCUUUAUCUCAAAUAGUUAACAUCUUUUGUGGUGAAAUCACAGAACAUUGUUAGCAUUUUUCACACAUAACAAAUGCAAUAUUAUAAAGUGUAGUCACAAUGCUGUCCAAUAUUGAAAGUCCUCCUCCUAUCCAGCUAUAAUUAUGUAUUCUUUCACAGACAUCUUUCCAAUUCCUCAUUUUUUCUAAAUACCUUGGCAUCUGGUGGUCCCAUUUUGCUCUCUACAUCAGUGAGAUUAAGUUUUUUAGAAUCCACGUGUAAGUGAAAUUAUGGGAUGCUAAAACUAUGACUUAUUUCAACUGAUGUCCUUAGGGUUAAUCCAUGUGAUAGGAAAUAAUAGAAUUUUCUAAAGAUAAAUAGUAUUUCAUUGGGUAUAUAUACCAUGUUGUCUUUAUUUACUCAUAGAUGUUGAACUGUUGACUGUAUAAUUGGGCUGUUCUGAAGAGUGCUGCAAACAACAUGGAAGUGUGGAUAUUUAUUCUGAUUUUGUUCUGGAUAUACAACAGUGAAAUGGUUUUGCUAUAUAAUAGUUAGAUUUUAAGUUUUUUCUUUUCUUGUAAACUCUGCUUUGUUAUUUAUAAUGGCUGUCCUCAUUUACAUUCAAAGCAUUUUCUUUUAUUCAUAUCUUCGCCAACUAAUGCUUUUUAAUUUAAUUAAUUAAUUAAUUUUCUUUUUUUUGAGACGGAGUUUUGCUGUUGUUACCCAGACUGGAGUGCAAUGGCAGGAUCUCGGCUAACCGCAACCUCCCCCUCCCGGGUUCAAGCAAUUCUCCUGCCUCAGCCUCCCGAGUAGCUGGGACUACAGGCACGCACCACCGUGCCCAGCUAAUUUUUUUUUUUUUUAUUUUUAGUAGAGACGGGGUUUCACCUUGUUGACCAGGAUGGUCUGAAUCUCUGGACCUCGUGAUCCAUCUGCCUCGGCCUCCCAAAGUGCUGGGAUUAUAGGCGUGAGCCACCGUGCCCGGCCUAAUUUAAUUUAUUUGGUUUUGAGACAGAGUCUUGCUCUGUCACCCAGGGUGGAGUGCAAUGGUAUGAGUCUCACCUCACGGCAACCUCUACCUCCUGGAUUCAAGUGAUCUCCUGCUUCAACCUCCGGAGUAGCUGGGAUUACAGGUUCCUGCCACCACACCCAGCUAUUUUUUUUUUUUUUUUAGUAUAGAUGAGGUUUUGCCAUGUUGACCAGGCUGGUUUCAAACUCCUGAUCCACCUGCCUUGGCCUCCCAAAGUGCUAGGAUUACAGGCAUGAGCCACUGCACAAAGCCUUUUUUCCUUUUCCUUUUUUUUUUUUUUUUUUGAGACGGAGUUUUGCUAUUGUUACCCAGACUGGAGUGCAAUGGCACGAUCUUGGCUCACUGCAACCUCUGCCUCCUGGGUUCAGGCGAUUCUCCUGCCUCAGCCUCCCGAGUAGCGGGACUACAGGCGCGCACCACCAUGCCCAGCUGAUUUUUUUUUUUAUUCUUUUGAGACGGAGUUUUGCUGUUGUUACCCAGGCCGGAGUGCAAUGGCAGGAUCUCGGCUCACCGCAACCUCUGCCUCCUGGGUUCAGACAAUUCUCCUGCCUCAGCCUCCUGAGUAGCUGGAAUUACAGGCACGUGCCACCAUGCCCAGCUAAUUUUUCGUAUUUUUAGUAAAGACGGGGUUUCACCUUGUUGACCAGGAUGGUCUCGAUCUCUUCACCUCGUGAUUCACCCCCCUCGGCCUCCCAAAGUGCUGGGAUUAUAGGCCUGAGCCACGGCGCCGGGCCCCUUUUUUCUUUUUUUAAGAGUCAUUCUAAUGAGUGAGUUGAGAUAUCAUUUUUUUUUUCUCUUGCUUUCUCUAUUAAUAAUUGACAUUUAGCAUAUUUCAGUAUAUCUGUUUGCCAUAUGUACGUAUUCUCUUGAAAAAUAUGCUUUUUACUCAUUUUAAUAGUUACUUGUUUAUUGUUUUAUGCUCAUUUAAGUUUCUUACAUAUUUUUAUCUUAACCCCUUGUUCCAUAUUUUAGUUAUCCUGUUGAUUGUAUCAUCUUCUGCGAAGCAGCAUUUUAAUUUUAAGUAUUGUGACUCUUAUUAUUUCUUUUGUUCCCUGGGAUUUUGAGGUUAAAUUAGUCACUGCCCAACCAAUGUUAUGGAACUUUCACUCAUUUUUUUUUUUUUUUUUUUUUUUAGUAAUAGUAGUUUCAGAGUUUGAAGCCACACAUUUAUGCAUCUAAUUUAUUUUGAGUGGAUUUUUAUAUGUGGUGUGAGUUGAGGUUCUCCUUUUAGUGCUCUACAUGUGUCCAUAAAGUUUUCUCAACAGCAUUUACUGUCUUUUUCCUAAGAAAUUGUCACCUUCAUUUAAAAUCAGUUAGCUGUAAGUACAUGGCUAUAUUUCUGAUUUUUUUUUUUUUGCUUCAUUCGCUCACUGUUUUUAUUCAAUUGCCAUAAUGUUUUUGUUAGUAUAGUUUUGUAGUAUAUUUAAAAGUCAGGUAGGCUGAUAACUUUACUUUUCUGUUUGAUGGCUUCGGCUAUUCAGGAUCUUUUGUGGUACCAUAUACAUUAUUGAUGUAUUUUUAAUAAUCUUUUAAUUUUUUUGAGACAGAGUCUUGCUCUGUUCCAUGCUGGAGUGCAGUGGUGUGAUCUUGGCUUUCUGCAACCUCUGCCUCCUGGGUUCAAGCAUUUCUGACACCUCAGUCCCAUGCAAGUAGCUGGUACUACAGGCACGAGCCACCAUGCCUAGCUAAUUUUUGUAUUUUUAGUAGAAAUGGGGUUUCACCAUGUCUGUCAGGAUGUUACCGAUCGCUUGACCUUGUGAUUGAUCUGCCCACCUUGGCCUCCCAAAGUGCUGCAAUUACAGUAGUGAUCCACAGCACCUGACCUAUUCUUAAGGAUUGGUAUUAAGUAUGUCACUGAUAUUUUCAUUGAGGUUGCCUUAUAUCUGUAGAUCAUUCUGUGUUAUACAAAUAUUUAACACUAUUAAUAAUGGCAGUUCAUUAAUGAUUAAUAUAUCAAUUUAAUGUUUUUUAGGGUACAAUGUAAGAUGCUUCAUAUUUUUGGUAAAAUUUAUUUCAAAGUAUAGUUAUCACAGUUAUUGUAGAUGGAAUUGGUUUUUAAAUUUAUUUUGAGAUACGUGUUAGUUUAUAGAAAUGCUACUGACAGGCCGAGAGUGGUGGCUAAUGCCUGUAAUCACAGCACUUGGGGAGGCUGAGACAGGAAGAUCAUGAGGUCAGGAGUUGUAGACCAGCCUUGCCAAUAUGGUGGAACCCUGUCUCUACUAAAAAUACAAAAAUUAGCUCGUCAUGGUGGCAUGUGCCUGUAGUCCCAGCUACUGGGGAGGCUGUGGCAGGAGAAUCGCUUGAACCCAGUAGGUAGAGGUUGCAGUGAGCCAAGAUCAUGCCACUGCACUCCAGCCUGGGUGACAGAGCAAGACUUCUCAAAAAAUAAUGAUUAUUAUAAUUAUGAUAAAUAGUACUAGGAAAACUGCUUGGUCAUAUGCAGAAAAAAGUGGACCUCUACCUCUUUCCAUAUAGAAAAUAUAAGUCAAGAUAGACUGUGAUAACCUGCUUUUUGUUAGCUUAAACUGACUCUCUUCUUAGCUGAGAGCGGUUCAGGCUUCAUGUUAGCUUCUUGAGCUGGACAAACUCCAUCUUAGCGUCUUCAUUUUAGUUACUCCCGUCAUUAAGUAUGUAACUGGGGCAGGAUGACACCAGGCACAUCCAGGAGUGCAUUUGUUGAUAAGAGGCCAAAUUAGGUGGCACCAGCAGAGCCUGGGAAUGCAGGUGCUGUCGAGUACCCAGAGCGCCCAUAUCUAUAAGAUGUAUGUCUUUUUAUGACAGCUCUAGCCUUGCACCUGGUACUGUUUUAUUUCUUAUGUACUAGUUUAUCUUUUAACUUUUUGCUUACUCUGCUUCUGUGAGAAAAUUGCUUCAGCUAGAUUCCCCCCUGCCUUUUCAACCUAGGGUAUGAGAAACCUUUUAACUCUUUCUUCGGGGCUGAGAGAAUUUUGGGUGUUAGCCACCUCUCGGUCGCCAGCUAAAAUAAAGGACUCAUAAUUCAA